UUUCAUGAGUUCAGUCGGUGCAUGUGAGCGGAGCCAGCCGGUCGUGACUCCUUCUCCCCUAUUUUAAUUGACACGUUUUUUUUUUUUAAUUUUUAAAUAUUUUUUUUUAUUAUCACUAAGUUAGUAAUAUCGAAAUUUUUUUAUUUAUAAAUUCUCGUCUUUUAAAAAAUUUUAUUUAUCAUAAAUCAAACGUUUGUUUUAAUUUUUUUCAAAUCAGGUGAAAAUAUAAUUUAUUUAAAAACCAAUUUAUUUUUAAAUAAUAAUAAUUAUAAGUUUAAAAAAAUAUAUAUUAUUUAACAGUGAAAAUGUGAAGAUAUUUUAUAAUUUCUUUAAUUUUUUAAAUUACGUAGAUUUUUUUUUUACAAAAAUGAUAAAAUUUAGAAGAUUAAAUUAAAUGACAAUAAUGAGUGAGACAAAUUGAUAAGAUUUUUUUUUUUUUUUAAAUUUUUUUAUCAUGUUUUGUGUAAAUAAAUUAUUAUCAUAUUUUAUUUUCGUCAAAUUUACAUGAGACUCUGAACUAUUACAAUAAUUAAUAAGUGAAGUGUUAUUAACUUGAUCAAAAAAAUAAAUAUAAAAAAUCGGCGAGAUUCCCUCCAUGUUUAUCGAACUCUUAAAUGUCAAGUUUAAUAUCCAUCCACUUUCAAUGAAUAUUUACAUAAUAUAAUAUUUAAAAUUAUCAAUUUUUUUUUUUUUUCAUUAACAAAAUGAAAAUAUUUAAUAUUCAUAAAAGCCCUUUGUCAAUCAAUAAUUUCCAUCAAAAUAUUUGAACGAAAUCAAGUGACAAUGUCGCGAUAGUGAUUGAAAUAUAUAUAUAUUUUUUUUUAAUUAAUUAAACUAAAUGUAAUAACUCUACUUUGACGAUAAUAAUAAUAGUAAAAUAUUUUUGAUAAAUAAACUCAUCGAGAUGUCGAGAUUAUCAAAUCGCUUGUCAUCAAUCGCUGCUGUAUUUGCGAUUGCAUUGCUCGUUAUAUUUAUUGUGAUCAUGUGGUCUGAUUUUGAAUCGAAAAAUAAUGAAAAAAAUGAUAAUAUUAAUACAUCAUCAGCAUAUAAACAAUCACGUUUAAUAAACGUAAAUCAAAAUAUUAAUAAUUAUAAUACACCUGAUAUUAUUAAUAUUUCGCCAAGUCAAGAAAAUGAUGUAUCAUCUGAUUCAUUUGAUGAAAAAAAAUGGGAUCCAAGAGAUGACUUGUUUCCUAAUAACAACGGAGAUAUUGAAUACGUGAAGCCAAUAAAAAUAAGCCAGAACCAGUAUGAAGAUCCACCGACAAAAGAUAAUAAUGCAAGACGUCAUCAUACCGGUCACUUUCGACAUUCAUCAGCUGAAGUUUGGGAUCCACAUCCACAAUAUGAGUUCACUGCAUUUGGUAAACACUUUCGUUUAAUUUUGGCACAUGACACCAGCUUUGUUUCACAAGAUGUCAAGGUGACUCAUAUGAGUAAAAACAAAACCAAAUGGGAACAUCCGGGUCACCAGCUGGGUUGUUACUACAGUGGUGUUGUUGAUGGUGAUCCAAAAUCAGAUGUAUCUGUCAGUCUUUGUCAUGGCAUGAUGGGUCAUGUCAAAACAUCAACAGGAAGUUACAUGAUCAAGCCAGUGGAAAAUUGGAAAAAUGACAAAAACAUAACUGACCAUGGUACAUCACUUGAGCAUGCUAUCUAUCGUGUUUCAACGAACCGUACAACCACAAAUGAUGUCAAUUUUCCCAGCAACACAAACCACAAUUGUGGUGUUAUUGAUUACGAUACUGUUGAAGAAGAAGCACCAUCACCAUUAAUUGAUGAUACAUCAGCUGCUCAUAUUUAUGUUGGUGAUCAUAAAAGAGAACGUCGAUCAUUAACUGAAAAAGCAUAUAUCGAUGAUUCAAUUGAAGAUGACACAGUACCAGUCUUGGGAGAAUUUUUACGUGAUGAUGAUCAAACAUAUUAUCCAGAUCACAGUUCAUGGAAUGACAGAAGAUAUGAAAGAAAAAUGAUUAAAGAAAUUAUUGAUAAGGAUGAUGGAAUGACAUCUGAUGAACUGUCAAGUUGGCGACUGAGACGUGCUUUACCACGAGAAUAUUUUAUUGAGAUCACGGUUGUUGCUGAUGCUAAAAUGAUGGAGUAUCAUGGUGAUGGCCUUAUUGGAUACAUACUUGUCCUCAUGAGUACGGUAUCAAGAAUAUAUAAAGAUCCAUCAAUUGGUAAUCCGAUAAGUAUUGCUGUGACAAGAAUAGUGCCAACAGAUGAAAUAUUUGGUACAAAACAUGAAAAUAGUGAUGGAAUGUCAGCAUCAGAAAUGUUGAAACAAUUUUGUAUCUGGCAAAAACGCCAUAAUCCUGAUGAGCCAUCAUCAGAUCAUCAUGAUGCAGCUCUACUUUUAACCAGGGAAAAUUUGUGUCACAAUCCAGGACAAGAUAAAUGUGACACACUUGGUCUUGCUGAGCUUGGUAGAAUGUGUUCACCAGGUUCUUCAUGUGCCAUAGUACAGGACAAUGGUCUUGCUUCGGCCUUCACAAUUGCCCACGAGAUUGGACAUGUAUUGAAUAUGCCACAUGAUGAUGAUUCAAAAUGCGUUAAAUUCCAAAAUCUUUCUGGAGUUCUUAAUGUGAUGUCACGAAUGUUGGAUGCCAAUACUUUUCCUUGGGAAUGGUCCAAGUGUUCGCGCCAUCAUGUCACGGAAUUUCUUGAAGCCGGAUAUGGAAAUUGUUUACUUGAUCAACCAAGCAACAGAAUUAAAUCAAGCUUUGGAAGAUUACCAGGUGAAGAUUAUUCAGAAGAUCAACAGUGUGAACUUGUAAAUGGUCCAGGUUCUCAAAUAUGUCCACAAAAAGAAAUAGUAGGAAAAGAUCUGUGCAAGAGACUUUGGUGCAUCGUGCCACCCAGGAAUGAAUGCCAUACACAGCAUAUGCCAUGGGCUGAUGGUACACCAUGUUCAAAUGGAAAAUGGUGUAAUCGUGGUGAAUGUGUAUCACGUAAAAAUUUACAACCAAUUGAUGGACAAUGGGGUAAAUGGGGACGUUAUGGUGAUUGUUCAAGAACAUGUGGUGGUGGUAUUAAAAAAAAAUAUCGUGAAUGUGAUAAUCCAUCACCUAAAAAUGGUGGUAAUUAUUGUAUUGGUGAUAGAGUUAAAUAUCGUAGCUGUGCAACAAAUGAAUGUCCACAUGGAUCACCAGAUUUUCGGCAAGAACAGUGUUCACAAUUCAACAAUAAUAAUUUAAAAAUUCAGGGUUUAGCAAGGGAUGUUAAAUGGAUUGCAAAAUACAUGAAAAUACCUGAAGAUCGUUGUAAGUUAUAUUGUCAAGUUAAAAGUAAUCAAUACUACAUGUUACUUGAAAAAGUAAUUGAUGGUACACCAUGUGGACUUGAUACAUUUCAUAUAUGUGUUAAUGGACAAUGCAAACAUGCUGGAUGUGAUCAUACACUUAAUUCAACAGCUGAAUUAGAUUCUUGUGGUGUUUGUCGUGGUGAUAAUUCUACUUGUCAAAGAAUAACUGGUUCAUAUAAUUCAUCUGGAGUUUAUGGAUACAGAAGAAUUACAAAAAUACCAGCUGGAAGUAGUUUUAUUGAUAUUAGACAACAUGGCUGGAAUGGAAUGCAUAAUGACAGUAAUUAUUUAGCAUUGAGACUUGGAGAAUAUGGACAAUAUAUAUUGAAUGGAAAUUACAUGGUGAUGUAUAAAAAAGUUAUUGUACUACCUGGUAUUGUAAUUGAAUAUAGUGGAUCAAAAGGAGCUGUUGAAAUAUUAAAUAGUUCAAGACCAAUUGGUGUUGAUUUAAUUCUUGAAGUUUUAUCAGUUGGUGAUAAUAUUGUACCACCACAAAUAACAUACGAGUACACUGUGCCAAAAAAAAUACUCGACAGUUAUACUUGGAUACUAAGUGAUUGGUCAAGUUGUAGUCACAUGUGCCAAGGUGUAAUGCAAAGACGAGCUGAAUGCCGAAGUACUGAACACAAAGAUGUUGUUUCUGAUGAUUAUUGUCAACAUGAACAACGACCAGAUGAACAUACACGUUCUUGCAAUACUGAUUGUAUAUUAAAAUGGCAUUUGGCAAGUAAAACAGAAUGUUCAAAUCAUUGUGGAUCUGGUAUACAAACAUCAACAUUUCAUUGUGGACAAAUAUCAAAUAAAACAUUUUGGAAAUUACCACCACAUGCAUGUUCACAUCUUGAUAGACCAAAAGAAACUGAACCAUGUAUUGGACCAUGUGAUAAUGCACACUGGUCAUACAAUGAUUGGGAUACUUGUAGUGUAACAUGUGGUGGUGGUAUACAGACAAGAACAGCUAAAUGUAUUGAUUCAAAUAAUAGAGUUGUUUCUGAUAAUAAUUGUAAAACACCAAGUAUUCUUAAAAGGCUUUGUGGUCAAGAUGCCUGUCCAAAAUGGGCUUUUGAUAAUUGGUCACCAUGUUCAGUUAGUUGUGGAAUUGGUAAACGUGUAAGACCAUACUGGUGUCAAGUGGAUAAUCAAGUUGUCAAUACAGCUUAUUGUAGUAGUCCAAUAUCAAAUGUUGCUGAACCUUGUAAUGCAGGUCCAUGUCAUCGAUGGUCCACUGGAGAAUGGAGCUCUUGUUCAGUCACUUGUGGAGAGGGAACUCGUCGUAGAAAAGUUGCUUGUUUAAAUGCAGACGGUACAAUUGGUGAUGCUUGUGCUGCUUCUGAAAUUCCAGACGACAUCGAGACUUGUGCUCUAGAUCCUUGUCCUACUGUUGCAAGUCUACCACCAGUGAUCUAUUCAUCUGGACCACCUCAUGAUGAACAGUCAGAGCAUGAAAAUGAAGUUGAUAAUAAUGCAAUUACAUUUCAGUCUGGUUAUGAUUGGCGAAUUGGAAGUUUUAGUGAGUGCUCGAAAUCAUGUAGUGGUGGAUAUAAAAAAAGAGUUGUACAGUGUACAGAAAAAGAGACUCAUAUUGGAGUACGUGAUGAUUAUUGUGAUGCUCAUCGACGUCCAGCAAGUACCUUAUCAUGUAAUCGACAUGCUUGUCCAGUAUGGAAUACUGGUGAAUGGAGUCAGUGUAAUGUUGAAUGUGGUGAAGGCUUUCAAUAUCGUCAAGUACGUUGUCAAAGACCAGAUGGUGAAGUUUUAUCAAAUUCAGAUUGUGCUAAUAUUGAAAAACCAAAACAUGCAAAAAAAUGUCGUAAAGUUGCUUGUACAAAUUCAAAACCAAUUCGUACUGAUGAAAAAAAAUAUUUAUCACGUAAAUGGAGAAUAUCAAAUUGGACUCCUUGCUCAAAAUCAUGUGGUGGUGGAAUAAAAACACGAAAAAUUGAGUGUAUGAUGAGAUUAGGAAGCAAUGAUGAGCUAGUUGAUGAUGUUGAAUGUCUGAGAGCUGGAUUAACAAGACCAAAAUCACAACGUCCAUGUCAACGAGUACUUUGUGAUUAUUCCUGGCAGGAAAGCAGUUGGUCCGAGUGCUCAGUAGAUUGUGGUGAGGGAAUACAACGACGUACAAUUACUUGUCAUCGUGUAAAUCGUUUUGGCUGGAUUGAUCCAACUCCAACUGAUGGUUGUUCAAUUAUUGAAAAACCAGAAAACGAACAGUCAUGUAAACUUCGAGAAUGCAAUGACAAGUACUAUUGGACUGCUGGAACAUGGCGAAAGUGUAGUCAUCAGUGUGGUCGUAAAGGCAGACAAAUACGACGUCUAUUUUGUCAUGACAGAAAGGGUAAAAAAGUUGCAAGAUCUAAUUGUCCAGUGACAUUAAAACCACAAAGAAAACGUAAAUGUAAUCAAAGACGUUGUAGACCAUUGACAUGUUUAGAGGCAAAAAAACGUAACAGUAAAGAUGGAGAGUAUACAUUACUUAUUGGUGGAAGAAAUAUGUCAAUAUAUUGUCAUAAUAUGAUGACCAAUGAACCAAAAGAAUAUCUAACACUUCCAGCUGGUGAUCGUGAAAAUUAUGCUGAAAUAUAUAACAAAAGAUUGCUCAACCCUCAUUCAUGUCCACAUGAUGGUCAACGAAAUGACAGUUGCAAUUGUGUUUCUGAACAUGGUGCAAUAUCAGGUAGAACCAUGUACAAGCGUGUACGAAUUGACGUUGAAAAGUUAAUUAUUCUAGCAAAUGAUUAUACAUUUUCGAGGACAGACGGGGCAAAACGUGUUGAAUAUGGUAAAGCUGGUGAUUGUUAUAGUUCGGCAGAUUGUCCACAAGGAAGAUUUAGCAUUAAUUUAGGUGGUACAUAUCUAAAAUUAUCAUCAAAAGUUAAUUGGAUACCACAAAAAUCAAGAGCACAUCUUGCCAUUGAUAGAAUUAAUGAUCAACGGAUACUUGGUAGGUGUGGUGGAUAUUGUGGUUUUUGUACACCAAAUAUGGAUUUAAAAUUAAAUGUACUGCCGUCUUAGCUACAAUUUUUUUUAGUUUAAAAAAAAAACAAACAAACAACCUUGAAUUAAUUAAACAAAAUUCUGGACUGAUGUUGAUUUGAGUUACUUUUAUUACUCAUGAUAAUUCAAUGCAAAAUCGUGAUGCCAUUGAUCAGUUUAAAAACAAAAAAAAAAGUACUCUCAACUGUUGUCGUUUUUAGUAUUAAUAACUUAUUAAUUUAGAUCGUAAUUUUUAUUUUAUAAUUAUCUUUACAAUUGACUUUUAUUAUUGACAUGAAUUUUUAUUAUUUAAAAUAAAAAGAACAAACAAAAAGAAACUUAAAUAGAUUAAAUAUUAGUUAUACAAUUUUGUCAUUAAAUGACCAUGAAAAACUGCUCUCUUUAUCUCUUUUAAAAAUUUAAAUUUUUUAUUUAUCUUUUUACAAUAUAUACAGUAGAUUAAAUUUAACUUGCAAUUAUAAUUUCACUGCCAUAAUUAAAAGUGCAAAUUAAAAAGAAAAAAAAAUAUAUAUAUAGAUAUUUUAACAAUUUUUAAAUGAAAUCAAAAUACUGUGAAGCUAAUUAUAGUUAAUUUUUUAAAUCAUUUUUACAUUUUAUUAAAAUAAAACAAGUAUAAAAAUAUUUCAGUUAUAAAAUAUUAGUUUAAGAGUAUAAUGGUAUUAGUAGAUAAUUAAUAUAUUUUGAAUUAAAUAAAUAACUAAAUAUUUUAAUUAUAAAAAAAAAAAAAAUAUAAUGAUGCCAUCUAUUUUUGUUGAUAACAGUUUUUGUUUACUUUUAUUUUUUUUUUUAUAGUUACGCGCAAUAUUUAAUAAUCGGUUUGUAAUUAAAACGAUAAAUUUGCCUUGCUCGAUGUUCGUCCACGUAUUAAACUUAGAUAAUUUUUUUAAAAAACAAUUGAAAACAAAAA